CUCUCUCUCUCUCUCUCCCUCCCUCUCUCUCUCCCUCUCUCUCUCUCUCUAGCACAAGCCCUCUCAUAGCCCUCCCACUGGGAUCGUGGGCAUAGCCUCUGUACAUAGCUGCUGUAACCCAAACCAAGUCUUCAAGAGCCUAAGACUCGUCCAAGGUGUCAGCCCAGCCUCCCUGCACCUGAAAGGGUUUAAAUAUGUAUACCAAUUAUGUGUUGUUAAAAAGGAAUAAAUACAACUGUUAUCCUGCCUACCAGUAUUACCGUAGCCAUAGCGACCCGGCAUGCUGCCAAACAGGGUUUGCGGUAGCUAUCCAUCGGAAUCUAGCACUUAACAUUUUUUCAGUGUACGCUGUAAACUGUAUGUACGUAUAUGUGUAUACAUAUAGAAGCGAUAUGUAUGUCCAUUUCAAACGUGUGUACGUGUACAUAAGAUAUGCACACACGUUAUGUAUGUUAUGUAUAUGUAUCUACCCAUGCAGAUACACUUCUGUGUAGAUGUGACACCCCCCCCCAUCCCAGGCUGGGAUGUCUGCUCCUAUUGGUUCCGAGGUUUAAAAUAUCAUCUCUAGUGUUCCUGAGAAAGUUCACAGAGGGCCAUUACAUUUGAAUUAAAUUAAAAAGAAAUAUAUAUAUUAACUAUUAUUAUUAUUAAUAAAAUGCUUCGAUUUCCCACAUGUAAUUAUAGUGGCAUGCUGACCAGGGAAGAAAAUGAAAUAUUAUAUCCGAUUUUUAAUCUUUCGAAACAUCUCAUAGCGCAUCUUCUAAACACACGAUAAAAUGACAUAAACCACUCGUGAAGCUAAUCUGGCUUAGCCGCUUGCUUGUUAGUAUUCAGAAGACCAUCCCCUCAGCUCACUGCACCUAUAGUGGGCUUUACUGAGUGGAUGACGACGAUGCCACAGCUGACAUGGCUGGCUGCCGUGUCGAUUGUUGUGAUCUUUUCGCAGCCUAAACUGCUCCGAUCUCCCUGGAUCCAUUUUCACAACCAGCCAAACUGAUGUCAUGACAUGCCUCUGGGGACGGCUCUCUUUUCCUUGUAAGGGGGUUCUGUUUGGUUUUUGGCGUUAAGACAUAAAUGGCAAUGCUUGAAAAACAUUGGAAGGCUUGCUGGUUUUAACCGUAGGCCUACCACACCCAAUGCAAAAACCCUUGUCACAUAGUGUGGUUUCAUUGAACGACACCACCCGCAAUGCAAGGCAGGUACCCAAGCUCACGUUUGCUGAGUUCAGGAAGUGUUUUUUUUUCUUUAUGGCCUCUGGUCAAAGUGUACUGUGGAAUGUUUUUUGUUUAAAAAAAAAAUGUUUUUGUUUUUUUACAGUUGUUUAUUUUGGUGUGAGAUUUUUUUUAUUGUUUGUUUGUUUCAUCCUUGUUUAUUUGGCUUUGUGUGAGAUUUGCAGCAGUGAGUGACUGAGGUUUCAGAAUGACUAAGAAUGACCUCUCUGCUGCCUCUCUGUGUGGUACCAGGCAGGGAGACUGGCUCACACUUUUAGGUUCUUUAACAAGUGGUUGGUGUAGUUACAAAAGACAGUGUAUUGACGAAUGCUUCCUGUAGUCAGUUUGGUGUUUAAGAUAUUUCACAUAUAGGCUUUCGGUGGGUCGGUAAGAAAGGGAGACACAUCCUACCCUCAUAGUGUUGGAAAAAAAAAGAAAAAAUAUUUCCUCUGUUAAAUAGGCUGUCAGCACAAUUUCUAUAACUAAUGGGUAUUAACCACAUAAACAACAGUAACAACAAAAAGAACUAACACGACAAAGGUUUUUAGAUCCAUCAGCUACUGUGGUGCUCUGCUAAAGAAAACAGUAUCUUUUGAAAAAUGUGUGUUUGUCACUGAUGUACCAUUCCUGUAUUGUGUAAAUUUGAACUUCAUAAUGAGCCCAUAAUUGGACCAAACGUGUGCCAGUAUUGUUUUAAUGAAGACGUAGGAUUUUCACUACCAGAGACUGAUAUAAUAGCUUUUGUUCAACAUGUGUCAUUCCUUUAUGUAAUGCUGGAUCCAGUAUGGUGAAAUGGCCGGUGUGGCUAUCACUACUUUUUACAUGUUUUGUUGUGAGAGAAGCUGAAUGAAUCCUAUUGAUUUUUAAUCCUUUAAUUAGGAUGCAAGAUGUAUUUCCAUGCAGUCCCAUUCCUUUGAUUUGUCUGUGUUUGCUGCACUGUAUGUUUAGUCAAGAAGGAACUUGCAAUUGAGUUGAGUACAGUAAUAAAGAUUUUACGUUGAAAGCACGACUAUUUUCUUUUUUUUAAUAAACUAAGUUUACAGUAUAUGUAGGCUAUUUCGUUUUAAGUGCCGGCGUAACGCACACGUUCCAGCGAGCACAAAUGACAAACAUUCAUUUUGCCGCCUCUAGAACUAGAUGUUAUUACACCACUUCCUAUCCGUAAAUCAAUUCCUUUUAUAGUGUGAAGGACUGCCUCUUUGAGACUGAAAGCACCGAAGGACUAGAGCAAAUGACAGCACACGUUUAUGAUUGGCCAACCCGGAACCUACUAGACGUUUCAUCUCCACAAUGAGUUUUUGAGUUAUAGUUUAUUACUUGUUAGAGUGUGCGUUUCGAGGUCAACAUUGCAUCGCGAGUGACGGUCCCUCCUCACUGGUUGCUAUGGGGAACCUAAUCAAGGUCCUGACACGGGACAUAGACAACAACACCAGCAACUUCUUCUUGGACUUUGAAAAUGCCCAGCCCACGGGUCCAGAGAGGAAGGUUUGGGACCAGGUGAAUGAGAUACUGGUGGAGGCCAUGGAGAUCCUCGGUGAGCUGCAGUCCUACAGUGGUGCAGGAGAGUCCAUCAGACAGGCUAUCCAGCAGCCCAGUGACGAGCGGGUGCAGGAGAGGGCCUGGGACGCCGUCGUCCCGCUGGUGGGAAAGCUGAAGAAGUUCUACGAGUUCUCCCUUAAGCUGGAGGGGGCGCUCCAUGGCCUGCUGGGCGCCCUGACUAGCACGCGCUGCAGCCCCACGCAGCACCUGGAGCAGGAGCAGGCGCUGGCGCGGCAGUUUGCCGAGAUCCUGCACUUCACGCUGCGCUUCGACGAGCUCAAGAUGACCAACCCGGCCAUCCAGAAUGACUUCAGCUACUACCGCAGGACCCUGAGCCGCAUGAGGAUCAACAACGUGUCUGCAGAGGAGCAGAACGAGGUAAACAACGAACUGGCCAAUCGCAUGUCUCUCUUCUAUGCCAACGCCACGCCCAUGCUGAAAACAUUAAGCGACUGCACAACAAAGUUUGUGUCAGAGAAUACAGAUUUACCGGUUGAAAACACCACAGACUGCCUGAGCACGAUGGCGAGCGUGUGCAAAGUCAUGCUGGAAACACCGGAGUACCGCACCCGCUUCGCCAGCGAGGACACUGUGCAGUUCUGCCUCCGUGUGAUGGUCGGGGUCAUAAUACUCUACGACUUUGUCCACCCCGCCGGAGCCUUCGUCAAGUCCUCCAAAAUCGACAUGAAAGGAUGCAUUAAAGUUCUUAAGGAUCAGCCACCCAAUAGUGUGGAGAUUCUUCUAAACGCUCUCAGGUACACAACUAAACAUUUGAAUGAUGAGACUACCUCCAAACAAAUCAAAAACAUGCUGCAAACAAACUGAAUCAUCUCUGAAGAGCAUCCUGGAGUGGGAGCCAAACCUAGAACAGAAAGCCAGUGGAGGUUGUCUGGAGCAGAAUGGGAACCAAAUGGAUGUGGCCAGUCUUUUUUUGCCCGAAUUCGAGUUUAAUUUUGUAUCAUCGUUACAUUAAAUGACAUUCCUCAGUGCCUUUGAUCACAUUGAAUGUUUGUGUGACAUUCAAACUGACCCAGUGCAUGUUAGAUUAAAUUGGACCGUUCACAUUUGACGUGAGAAUCCCCCCGUCGUUGACCAAAUAUCCACGAGAAAGAGCUGUAGUUGGGGCUUAUGUAGAUAUUUGAUGCUGAAUGAGAGGCCAUGCCGAUAUGGCAGCUAUCUGUUCUUACUGCAUACAUUCUGUGUACUCUUCUAUGCUGUGUUGACUGUAUACUAUAACAUAUUCCUGUCAAGGGUAUACAGCAAUAAAUGGUUUGAUUUUUUAUUUUUUUUAUUAUAUAAAUCCGCAAAUCAUGAUAAUCUUGUCUUAAUCUGACUGAAGCUGUUGUUCCAUAUCUUUUCAUUGUGAUCAACUUUGAGAUGGAUGUGUAUUGAAUUUCAUGAGCCCAGUAUUCAGUGUCCCAGUUGUGAAUUUUGUUUUGAGAAGUAUUUUUGUACAUGUAAAAAAAAAUGUUUGAAGAGUAGGAAUAAAGAAUAAAGGACCUCUUCAAGGGCAGAAUUGUAGUAGCAUUCAGAUAUGUAAUCUUAUAUUUGAUAUUUCUUCCACAGAGAAAGAGCCUUUUUCUUUGACACUUGGUUCACAGUGAGAAAAAACAAAUAGGUUUAGGAUUGGGGUCAGGGGUCAGCAGUUGGUCAUAUUAUAGAGUUAUAUAGUUAUAUGUAGAGUUAUAUACAGGUGAUAGAGUUAUAUACAGAUGAUAGAGUUAUAUACAGAUGAUAGAGUUAUAUACAGGUAAUAGAGUUCAGAAUUACAGCUAGGGUGUUAUAAAACUGUUUUAAAUCAGAGUGUGUACAAAUACAGCUGCUGUGAUGCUCUACCAUUAGACCCUCGCCAAGCUCCCAAUGUCCGAAAAGUCAUUCGGAACUCAGUGGGAAAGCAAAUGUCAUCAUGAACACAGGGCAGUGUGAUGAACUCCUGUUGUGCCAAAGCUGAUGUCAUGUCAUAUCAAAUUUGAUCCUGCAGAUGGUCGGCACACUCUUCUCGUUUCCGUGUCUAAUUCUGCGGCUCUAGAGUAUGUCACAAAGGCUCCGUCUGUUCCCCCCGUCUUUCAUGUCAUUGGCCAAAUAUUUGGUUCCGACCACUUCCUUGUUACUAAUAGGGUCUGCAGAUGACUCCCAUCUGAUGCGGAGCCGAGCCUGAUGCAUCUGUUGGGCCGUCUCCAGUGGCUGGCUCUCCCUCUGCACUAAUCUCACACUCCGCUGCCUGUCCACGCAGCGCUGACGAACAGCAACAGCUGAGGACAAGCACAAGAAUUGCUCCCCCUCUUUUAUUUCGUCUCCCUCCCUCUUUUUUACACACACACACAGGCACACACACACACACACACACACACACUCAUACACAAACACACACACACAAACACGCACAAAUACACAGUUCCUGAGAAAGCCAGACAGCUGUUUGGUGCCACCCAUUCAGGGAGGAGGAUAGGGGUGUGCGUGCGUGCAUGUGUGUGUGUGUGUGGGGGGGGGGGUUCCUUUGAGCAGAAAGUUGGGGCCCGUAGCCAGCUGCUCAGUGGCCGAGUGAGGACCAGCUUAGUGUCUGGCGGACUCCCCACUCCAGUGUGGGGGGAAUGGGGGGCAAUCCACCUCAUCCCACACAGGAAACGGAGGGCUUACUGGGGCCAUGCAUUCCUCCACUCCCCCCCAUUCCGCUGGAUGUUUGAUCACGCACACUGGAACGGGAGUCAGGCUUAAGCUGAAACAGCAGGAUUUACUAGUACCCCUGCCUUACCAUACUUCCUGAGAAUUAGUGAUUCAUUCACAAAUGUCCCUUGUCUUGUAUGUAAGUGCACACGUACACAUAUCUAGUGUAUGUUAUUACGGUAUUCAAAUUAAUUUGGCAGCUGCAUCAUCUUACCUUCUGCUGGCUCAGCUGUAGUCAGUGGCAACGGUCUUUGUUCACAAUAUGACAAAGGAAGUUAUUUAAAGCAUUCCACCUGGAGACAACCUGGGUGUGAAGGUUACAAAAAUAACUUGCGAAACCCAACACUGACGUGGAACGUAGACAUAGAAAGAACAUAAAUACAUACCCACUGUAGAUAAUAAAAGAGUCCUAUACAGUGAUAAGAUAUAUAUGUGGAAUAUAUCACUGUCUUUUGUUUUUUCACUGUAGCCUGGACAUUUCCAUUAAGAGAUGAUUGUUCUUUAACUAAAUUCUAACAAAUAAAGUCAUAUAAAUAAACAAACUGAUAAAAAAAAAAAA